AUGAACCCAACAUAUGGUUCAGUGGGGUUGAUGUGGUCCGGGAACUGGGAGCAGUGUCAAGCAGCGGUUGACUCUGUGCUUCAAGGCUCUACAAUCAAGCAAUUCACUACCAAUAACAACCAUGAAACUGCUGUUAUGCCUCUUGAGGGUUGUGAUAUACGACAUCUCUCUAAGGUCCCAGACGCUGAGUGCCACCGUGUGAAGAUCCGCAACAAGUUUAAAAGGUCCCCUGGUAGUUUCGGUUCUGGUUAUGGUUCUGGUUCUGCUUUCCAGCAAGUGACUUCCACCAACUGUCGUGCUGAACCCGCCAAGUGCAAAAACACGGGGAGGACAUGGGAAGAGCCGAAGGGGAUGCGGGCUAUUAGCCAUGGGUCAUUAUCUGUUGAGACUGUGGAGGUUGAUGAUAACGGAAGUGGGAAGGUUUUCUUGGACUUGACUCUCGGAUAA